AUGUUCGAAACGAUCGUGAAACUUGUAGCUGAUUCACUGCUAAAUUGUACAGAUGGUCCAGUUGGAAUAGUAACCGCUCGAGUUUACUUAUCCAAAAUUGAAUUGACCUUUAUUGUGGCCCUGAUAGGGUCAACUCUUAUCUCAUUGGCUACUGUAUGCCUCGGUGUUUUACAUAUCGUUUAUAUAUCAUUUUAUGUUACACAGCAAUAUCGACGAGCAUUUAUUGUCUAUCUAGCUGGUACUGCACCGUUUGUGUCAGUGCUUUCAUUGGUCUCUAUGUAUAUGCCACGGGUAUGGUUCCUCUCCCAUCUUCUUGGUUUCUUGUAUUUUUCGAUAGCGUUAUGGGUAAUUAUUUGUCUUUUGAUGAAUAUUUUCGAAGGACGUCAAAAAAUGGUAAGAAAAAUCAAAAAUGGUUGUUCGAGGAUGAGCGUACAAACACCGCCACUCUGUUGUGUCUUUCCAUGCCUUCCGGAGCUUGAACUUGAUCAAGGUCGGAUACGAUUCUGUGAAAUGAUGGUCUUUCAAGCGCCGUGUGUUAGGCUUAUAUUUACAAUUUUAAGCUUAAUACUUUAUUUUGAAUAUCAUGAUGGUGCUAUUAUAGUGUUGAAAAUAUUCGAUUUAGUAUCGCUUCCAUCGUUACUAAUCGGUAUAUAUGGUACACAUAUACUCGUAACAACCGUUUCAAAUUUAGAUGAAUUAAUCCCAUAUCGUUAUAUUGUUGUUUUUCGCUUGCUCGAUUUCUAUUUCAUGUUUUAUGGCAUACAGCAGCCUAUCUUCGAUUUUCUGGCUCGAGUUGGCAUAUUUGGCUGUGGCACUGUGUUACCUUCUCUUGAAACAGCCUUUUUUUGGAAGAAUUUCGCGCUUGUCAUUGAAUCAUUUUUCGUCUCGCUAAUUUCUUCCUUAUUAUUCAAACCAUCACGAAGCGCAUUUUUCGAUAAAUAUCCAUCAAGCCGAAGUGUCGCAUCAUCGGUAGUCACUUGUGAAUAUAACAUGUAG